AUGUCUGCGUGGAUCCCAGAUGUGCCCCAUCCCAUCGACGAUUCGAGUACGUUGACAGACUCCGCAUACCAUUCGCUGUCUGGCACUGGACAAGACGACUCGCCUAUGGAGGAUGCAUGGCUUAGGAACUUCCUCGACGAAGACGUCUUUCUUGCAGAUCUCGAUGUAGAAGAGGCAAACUCUGACCCACCGAGGUCAAAAUAUCCAGGUUUCCAUGAUCAAUUUAGUGAAGGGAAGAAUGGCAAGGGUAAAUCAAAGGCAUAUGGUGAUAUUUGA